AUGGCACCAGAUCGCGUCGCCAAUGCCCUUGACAACCUGAUAACCCAAAUCGUCCCCGCCAGAGGCCCAAACGAAGGCCAAGACUCCUGGCAAGCCCGGUAUAACUUGAGCCAUGAGCUUGUCAGAGCCAUAAUAAACAGCCCGCCCGAUCCUGACGUCUUGUCGGACGUCGAUCGGGCAGCCGAUUCAAUCAAACGAAAGCUCAUCCAGAGUAAUCCUUCCCAUGCGCUCAGAUUUUCCGAUCUCUAUUCAAGGCUGCUGGCAGUCCCCGUCCUCAAGUCGAAAUGGGCAAUCUUAUACCUCCUAUAUGCUCUGGCCGACUCCCCUGACCCGAGAGCGCCACCUCCGCCGCUCAGCAUAAUCCAGCCUUCUUCUUCGAACUAUCGUGAGGCUGUUGCCCGGGAUGCAGUUAAGAAGCGUGCUAGGGCUCGCUCAAAAUCAAUCCCUCUUACAAGAAUAGAAGAUGACCCAAUGGGAGAGUCUCCGAUACACGAAGAGCUACCACACAAGCUACCACCAUCGAAAGAUCAGAGGCGCAUCGCAGAAGAACGGCAGCAGCAGCAGCAGCAGCAUCUGCAGCAGACAGAGCUGGUGAGAAGAGAUGUGUCGGUAAAGUCAGCUCUGCUAUCUAGCAACUAUGCGGAAAUCGAACCAUCAGAAACGGCCAUCCUUCGAGACCUUCCAUUCACACUUCAAGGUGUUUCCUCCACAACUCUCCCUUUUAUGAGAGAGGAUAUCUUGAAGCUUCCCCCUUCACUUCCUCUACCGCUAGUUUCUAUUUUACACACCCUUGCCGAGCCCUCGCUGCUUUAUCGACGCCUGGAUUCUUUCUGUCAAACCCCUGCCAACGGUCUUUUGGCUCAGAGCUUGCGAUCGGCGAUUAGCAACGAACUACGCUCAUAUUUAACAUUAGUUGCGACUUUGGAGGGCCAGAUUCGGAAAGCUUUAUCUCUUUUGGAUGAGAAUGCGCCCAGAGGGGGUAUUGGAAAUACCGGUGUCACAUUGAAGAGAUGCGUGGUGUGGACACGAGAGGCAACAAUGGGACUGAGGCUCUUGUCCCUGAUUGCUGAAGAGUCGGAAAACAAAAAGGGCGGUCAGAUUAUUACGUUGAUACAUAAUUUUGCUUCUUCCAAUGGAGACCCCGUUGUUGCCGCGUUCGCAGAACGGCUGCUGGGUAGCUUCACCCGGCCUUGGUAUGGCAUUCUUCGCCACUGGAUCUAUGACGGAGAGCUGUCGGACCCAUCUCUCGAAUUCUUCGUUAGAGAGCAAACCGACAACGAGGAUACUCUACGAAUCAAGGGCAAUGUUUGGGAAGACAAAUACGAGAUAGCCCAGGACAUGGUUCCCAGCAUCAUUUCACAAGAGUUUGCUCAAAAGAUAUUCCUUAUUGGAAAAUCGUUAAACUUUAUCCGUCACAGCUGCAGCGAUUCAUUAUGGGUGGAAGAUUACUCCAAAGCUGCUUCAAAAGAACUAAGAUAUGGCGAUACCGCAACAGUUGAAGUAUGGAUUGACGAGGCGUACAAGACAACAAUGAAACGCUUAAUGGACUUGAUGGAGACCAAAUUUCGCCUUUUUGUUCAUCUUCAGGCUUUAAAGGACUAUAUCCUGUUAGGGCAGGGCGACUUUAUUGCACUGCUUAUGGAAUCUCUCGCGGCGAACUUGGACCGCCCUUCUGGUUCUCAAUAUCGGCAUACACUCACAGCCCAGCUAGAGCAUGCAAUUCGCGGCUCAAACGCUCAGUAUGACUCUCCAGAAGUGUUGCGGCGACUAGACGCUCGAAUGCUUCAGUUAUCUCAUGGCGACAUUGGUUGGGAUUGCUUCACUCUGGAAUACAAGAUCGACGCUCCCGUAGAUGUCGUCGUCACCGAAUGGGGUAACCGACAGUACCUCAAAGUCUUCAAUUUUCUGUGGCGAAUCAAGCGGGUGGAAUUUGUACUCUUAUCGACAUGGCGGGAGUGUAUGACGGGAUCCAGAAGAGUGUUGCAGAGCCCUAUACCCGCCGUAGUCCAGACGUGGAAGUCAACACGAGGUGUACUCGCCGAAAUGAUACACUUUGUGGGACAGCUGCAGUAUUAUAUCCUUUUUGAGGUCAUUGAAUCUUCAUGGGGCGAGCUGCAAAAGCGAAUUCGAAAGGAGGAUUGCACACUGGACGACGUUAUCGAAGCACACAGACGAUACCUCGAGGACAUUACCCAUAAAGGCCUUCUCGGGCCGAAACUCCGACAUCACCCUUCUGAUAACAAGGAAAGGACGACAUAUCUCGAUCAGCUGAGCGAGAUUCUCCGGUUCAUGCUACAUUAUCGCGACACUAUCGUCGGGCUAUAUUCGUGGACCAGCGCAGAGUAUACUCGGCGACAGGAAGCCGAGCUGAGAAACAUAACACGCCGUGACGACGAUGGAGGCCUUGCAUCUUCUGAUGACGUACCGUCCGAAUUUCCUGCCCUGCAGGAACGUCUACGACAGCUCGGGACCUCAUUCCGCACCAGGUUACAGAUCUUAUUGGGAGACUUGGCAUAUCAGCCAGACGUCGACAUGAGAUUUUUGGGAGUUGCCAUGAACUUCAACGACGUGUACCAGCCUGCAAGGAGGAAGUCCAAGACGGCUUCAACAGUGACGGCGGCAGCGGCGGCAGCAGCGGCAGCAGCAUCGGCAAACACGGCCAAGCCUUGA